CAUAAAAUGUGUUAAUUUUUAUAAAUUUAUAUUAAAGCCGACGUUUAAAAUACUAUUUUAUUUAUAUUUGCCGGUUAUCCUUUUUAGUUUUUCCUUAUACAAUCGUUAAAAAAAUGACUGAACCCCAAAGUAAAACCGAAAAUGAAAAUAAUAUGAAUUUGACUGAUGAUUUAAAAACUGUGCAAUUAUUAGCAAAAGGAUUGCUAGAGGUAUACGAACCUCCCUUGGUAACGCUGAAAACGCAUCUAAAAGAGUUGACUGAAAAACAAGAAGCUGUACAUACAAUGAUUACAACGGAAAGACACCAUUUGGAAGACUUACAAAAUGAUGCAAUGCUAGAUGCCUUGUUAGCAGAUAUAGCAACAAAUAAAGAGAAACUAAAUUCAAUAUCAAACUCUAUGACAGCAAUGCAUAAGCGAGUACAGAGUUUACAGGUGAGAGCGGCCAAUGUUGAAAAAGUAGCUAAGAGUCGAGCAAACCAACAAAAACCUACUAUGAGUUAGUUUUUUAAGCUAAAUAUUUACUUUCCAAUUGUUUAGAAGGACAUUAAAUUGUAAGUUGAUCAUAGAAGGCAAGAAAUGUUCAUUG